CUUUACCAUUGUCGACGACUGAGCACAUGAGCGACAAAGCUGUUGAAGACAACACGAAGUAACGCUAAACUUCAGGGAUAAAAAACGUUAAAGGAAUCCGUCUACCUUGUGUACUAUGAAUUUUUGUGACUUUUAAUAGAUUAUGAUUUUCGCUUUCGGAUCGGUAGACACAGAUACAACUAUCGGUGUUCUCUACCGUAGCCUACGUCUCUACACAUUAAGUUUAUAUGUUAUUUACAUAAGUAUAUGUUUUCCUGAUUUUACCAGAAAAUGUUAACUUUCUUCUUUUCGGCUCUGGUUAAUUGACUAUAAAUAUGAGCUCCAAGUGGCAGUGUUUAUUGCGAAAAUUGUAUUUUCUGUGAUAUUUAAAAUAAAUUAUGGAAUUUGAUAGCCCAGAUGUAGAAAAAGAUUUCCCUGGGCUGUAUGCUUCAGAAACUUCUAGAAAAGGUCAAUCACGUGACAGUGAUUAUAGUGACGAAGAAAAGGCUUCUAAAAAGGAUUUACUUGGCAAGAAGCGAGAAAAGAGGGAAAGUAAAAAAGAUAAAGGCUAUGUUGCUUUUGAAGGUGAAAGUUCAGGAGAUGAAGCAGAUGAAUCAAACCCUGGAAAAAGUAAGAAGAGUAAGUCGUCUGCUUUCAAAUUUCCUGGUAAGGAGAAAAAGGAAAAGCAUAAUAAAAUAAGAGAAAAGGAAGGAAAGGAAAAAAAGGAAGAAAAAGAAAAAGUUUGUAAAAAGGAAAGCAAGGACGGUAAAAAAGAAGUUAAAGACUCUGAAAAAGUGAAAGAUAAAAUUAAAAUAAAGAAAAAAAAAGAAAGUAAACUGUUGAAGAUAAAGGAAAAGAAGAAAAAGUCAAAUGAGCAAGGAAAUGCUGGUGAUGAAGAAAAACCAAUAUUUGGUAUUCCUCUUAGCCUUGCAUGUGAAAGGAGUAAAAGUCAUGAUGGUAUUGAAAUUCCUGUUGUUGUAAGGGAAUGUAUAGAUUACAUUGAGGAACAUGGCUUAGCAUGUGAAGGAAUUUAUAGAAUUUCUGGAUUGAAAUCAAAAUUAAGACAGCUUAAAUCUCAAUAUAAUUCCAAGGAAAAAGUUUAUUUAUAUGAACAUGAACCUCACAUUGUUGCAAGCCUUCUGAAACAGUUUUUAAGAGAUCUUCCUGAAUCAAUUUUAACUACUGAUCUCCUUCCUAAGUUUGAAGAAGCAGCGGCACUGAAGAAUGAAAAGAAAAGAGAAGAAACAUUAAUGAAGUUGUUGGAGCAGCUUCCAAAUUGCAACCGACUACUUUUAUCCUGGAUCUUUGUUCAUAUGUUGCAUGUUGUAAAAAUGGAAAAGAGGAAUAAAAUGAAUCUUCAAAAUGUAUCAAUUGUUCUCAGUCCAACAUUGCAAAUCAGCCAUCAUAUUCUGCAAGCACUCUUUGCUCAUAGCAAUGUGCUGUUUAAAGGUGUAGAAAUCAAAAAGUACAUACCACCAAUAGAGUUAGAUAGUAAUCGUUUGUCUCUGGAAUUGCCUGACUCUCCAUCAGCCAUCGCUGAAGAACUUUCUAAACAAGAGAACUUUUUGAAUAUUUUGCAUGCUGAACUCAAUGCUGGGUUGAGAGAUCAACAAAAGGAGGAACAACUGUGGGAAGUUCAAAGGGUUGUCACUCAACUCAAAAGAAAAUUGCGCUUCUUGAGACAGGUUCAAGAUUCUUCUAAUCCUACAGUAGAUGAAGUUCAAAUAAAACCAAAACCAGAGGAAGUAGAAAAAAGCACUAUAAAUGCUAUUUUGCAGCAGCAAUCUUCUGACUUAGGUACUUCACCCCUGUCAGAAGUCCAAGAAAAAAGCAAAGAACCAGAAAGCUUGCCAUGUCUGACUAAAAGUGAAAGUUUUCCCAUUACUGCCGAAAAAAAUGGAAGAGAACAAAAUGUUAGUGAAGUUAGAGUAAAAUCUAUCUCACCUUUGCCUGAUGUCCCACCAAAGAUUAAUUCUAUCAACUGUACAGUUUCAAAGGAGGAAAGAAGCAUAUCUCCUGCUGUUGAACAAGAUGAAAAAACAGAUUUUGAGAGGCCAGCAGAUCCUAUUAUAAUUGAAAAAUACCUUAAUGCUGUUCCACCAGAAUCACCAGUAUUGCCAAUAGAGAAUUUACAAGAGCUUGAAGAAAGAAACCUUGUGCACUCUUUGCUGCAUGAGGAAAAAAUGCUUCAUGUACAGCAUGAUGAGUUGAUUCUCUUGGGUGAUGAAUUGAGGCGUAAGAUUAAUUCUGAAAAAUUGGAGAUUGAAAGAUUGCGUUCUGAAAUAGCUGAGUACCAGCAGUUGUACAAAUACAAGAGAUAUUCAUUUGAUUCAACAGAAAACAGCUCUUCUGAUAGUGAUGAUACUAGCUCAUCUGAUGGUGAAGAUGAAGAAGAUUUAUGUAAUGUUCUUGAAUACUUAAUAAAAGAAAACAAAUUGCUGGAGAUAAAGAAUAUGGAUCUUAGUAAAGUUAUACAAUAUGAACGAGAAGUAUGCUUAAAUAUUAAGGUACAGAUGAAAAUGAUUCAACAAAAUGAAGCAAAACCUCUGAGAGCCUAAUAUAUUUAAAAUAUAACAUUAGAAUUUUUGAAAAUUUUAUGACAUUUAUGACAAGGUUAUACGGUUGGUAAAUUGUAUAUACAUAUGUAGAUAUGUUGACUUGUAUUUUGACUAAA